GAUAUCGAGGAGCGCCGACGGGUCUUCAAGGCCAGGGGGCAGCCCGGCAUGCAGGAUCCAGAAUGGGCAUGCUAUGUCCUCUCCGGUGCCCAGAAUCUCAUCUUGCAAUGGCACCCGGACAAGAACGAGGUCUUCCGUUACUUGAUGGCGAAGAGGGACGCCUUCCUGGCCACAGAUAUUGGCACAGCAGCCGCUUUAGCUGAUUUCCGGGAUGUCGUCGUCUUCCGGGAGGCCGAGAGUGACCUGGAUGCUGGACAGGAACACAGUAUGGAUGCUGACCAUGCUCCGCAGACACUGGAGGCGUCUUUCGCAAUGGCCGCAACGACGCUUUCCUACAACACAACAGUCAGGCCACAGAAUGCUGCCGUUGCUGAUGCCACGGAAGGGUCCCCAGAGGCUGACCUUGAUGAGCUGGAUGCAGAGGACUCACGGUUAGAGGUUGAUGGAGACGUAUCGGAUGUGCAAUCGAUGUCCGAACAUGAUGAUUUGGGAGAUACGGAUGUGCACACGGUGGCCAUGGGCUGGGACGUUUCGCAGGCAGCUUCCCCAGUUCCUGCUCCGACUUCUUUGGCGAGCUGGUUCGGAUCGUUCUUGAGCGACGGCGGCAGCGUAGAGGAGGGACCGGAAGACCCGGUCCUGAUCAGCCUGCCGCUGCUACUUGGCCCAGAUCUGCGGCGCUUUGAAUCGGCCGGACCAGGGCAGCUCGGGCCAGCUCUGUAUGACUUACUGGAGGCCGGGUUCCAGUGA